AUGUUGGAAAUUUGCUAUGGAGAGUCCGACCCAGUCCGUUAGAAAUCCAGCACUACGUUGAACACCACUGUGGCGGACCGUCCACUAGUAGUCACUGUGAGAGCGGCCAUGCUGUUACGGCGCGGCGUUAUUGUGUUACCAUAGUAUCUGCGCCUGCUUCCUCUGCUUUUAAACGAGCGGGAGUAUUGCGCGGAGGAGGAGGUGGUAGAGAAUGAUGUCUCGGUCGCUAAAAGAAGUCGUGCUGACUUUGUGUCGUUUGUUGUCCCACCUGGGGAUUGAAGAUGUUCCCAGUCCCGAGCUCUUCCGGCGUGCCAAGUUUAACCGAGCCGAUGCGACCCCAGAUUUUUGGAGACUCCUGUUCAGUGUUUUGGAGAGAAUUACUGCUUCUGUUACUUUGCCAAGUGAAACUGAAUUAGAUACAAAGGUUCAUUUUGUGAAGUCUGCACUUUGGCAUUCUGGUUAUGGAGCACCAGAACUGUACCAGCUGCCGGGUGAUGGAUCUGAAGGAAGUCGUGAACUGCUCUUAGCGCUUUCCUGGCUCUUUCACAAGAUUGACGUCCUAGAGCUAUUGCUACUGUCCCAAUCUCGAUUCACUGCGGGCGAUGAAACUACUCUUGAUGAGCAGUGCUACCAUUCACUGGCAUACACUUUCUGUCCAGAGGAAAACUCGGAUGAUUCAGUCAUGACAGGACAACUUGAUAAAGACAUCAGGCAUCUCCAGUGGUUACAAGGCCAGUUAUGCUUUCAGUGGCGGAUUCUUCUUGCCUCCCAGGAAGAGAUGGCUGCGCUUCUGUAUAAGGAAAGUGCCUUUGGAAGGUCUUCACCUUUUUCAUCAAGCAAAAAGUCUGAUUUCAGGGUGUUCAUAAGAAAAUUAAUGAUUUAAUUUGUGAGAUGAAACUACACAAUAAACAAGGGUAGAGGCAUCAAAUAUUAAAAUGUGUACUUCAUUUUAAUGUUUAAAUUUAAAUAUUCUAAAUUGUAAUAGAAAUUUGUCAUUUGUCACCCUCUGAUAGAGGUCCAUAGAGGGCUAGAUAGUAAUCACUGACCUUAAAAUAGUCUAAAACAAUUCCCCACCUGUUUAUGUUUGAAAGUUGUAAUUUUUAAUCUUCUGGGAGUGGCUGUUCGAGGACUAGGACCACUCAUAAAGAAUCAAACAUCAAAAUGUCAUAUUUGUGAUCAGCAGACUAGAAAUGGCAUAAAAUGACAAUCCUUAUAUUUAUAUUAGCAGUUGCCAUUUUUUCAAUGUUUUGUGAAAAGGAGUAACUUUGAACCCUGUUAUCUUAUUAUGGGGUGCACCACUGGGAAUGGUUGAUGUGGCACACACAACUUCUAGUCCUUCUGAUCAGUUUUGCUCAAGACACGUAUUGAUUUACUGUUUACCGCAAGGGUUUAAUUUCCUGCACAGAAUAUGGUUCAAAAAUGAUUUAAAAAUGAUGAUUUAUUGGGUCUUGAGUGCUAAAGCUAAGGGGAAACACUAAAAAGCUGAAAGCCACGCAAAACUAGAUAUCAAGACUCGUUGAACGAUAUGUUAUAUGUUGGGAUUUUCUCAUACCAGUGAGUCAGCAGGUGCUAGACAAAAAAAAACCUAAAGUGAUUUCAAUGUGUUCAUAAGUAAUUCUUUUGAACACAUUUGAUUUUUAUUAUCAGGAUUAUUUGUUUGAUUUUUACCUAGCUAGGUUAAGAAUUGAGGUGAUGAUUAGUGUGCAGCAGUAUGGUUUAAUGCCAAGAAAGAGCACCACAGAUGCAAUGUUUGCUCUGAGGAUGUUGAUGGAGAAGUUUAGAGAAGGCCAGAAGGAGUCUUUGUGUCUUUGUGGACCUGGAGAAAACAUAUGACAGAGUGCCUCGAGAGGAGCUGUGGUAUUGUAUGAGGAAGUCAGGAGUGGCAGAGAAGUAUGUAAGAGUUGUACAGGAUACUGUAUGUACGAGGGAAGUGUGACAGUGGUGAGGUCUGCGGUAGGAGUGACGAAUGCAUUCAAGUUGGAGGUGGGAUUACAUCAGGGAUCGGCUCUGAGCCCUUUCUUAUUUGCAAUGGUGAUGGACAGGUUGACAGACGAGAUUAGACAGGAGUUCCCAUGGACUAUGAUGUUUGCUGAUGACAUUGUGAUCUGUAGUGAUAGUAGGGAGCAGGUUGAGGAGACCCUGGAGAGGUGGAGAUAUGCUCUAGAGAGGAGAAGAUUGAAGGUCAGUA